AUGAACGGAACAGAGCCAUCAUACGAGCAAAUUCAGGUGACGACAGAGGGAGAAAUUUCUCGUCGUCCAUCAGUGAGUGAAAAUGAGGGCCCUCCGUCCGCCAAUCCCCCUUCUGAGGCAGGAAGCGAUGGCGAAAACAACGCGCACAAGCCCAGCGACCCAUCACAGUCACCAUCAAAUAGACUUAAUGACUGGUUUGUCUGGGAGAUACUAGGGCUGGCAAUAUCAACGGGCGUUUUAAUCGCGCUGGCCGCUGUGCUUGCGCAGUAUAACCGUAACCCACAGCCUAGCUGGCGAUACAUGUCGCUAAACUCUCUCAUUUCCUGGCUGAGCACUAUAUUCCGAGCUGGCAUCGUCAUCUCCAGCAGCGAAGCUUUGGGCCAGUUGAAGUGGAUAUGGUUUGCCCAGAAACGGGAAAGGCCGGUACAGGAGCUUGGUGUGUAUGACUCCGCUACGAGGGGGCCUUACGGGGCGAUAAAGCUUAUAUGGACCUUGAGAGCCAGACACUUUGCCGUCCUGGGCAGUAUUGCAGUUAUCCUGGCCAUCGCGAUUGAUCCCUUUGCGCAGAAUCUCGUCUACUACUACCAGGACAUGGUCGACGACCCUUUUCAACAAGCUCUACUCGCCAGGACAGACAACUAUACUGGUAGUAGCAAUUCCUCAACGAAUAUGCUGGCAGGCUCCGGCGUUGAUGUCGUCCUCAAAGCCAACGUUUACAGCUCCCUCCUAAACAACGAUCCCCAACGGCCUUGGGCAACCUCGCAAUACUCAUGUCCAUCAGGAAACUGCACCUGGGAUCCAGUUGCCGCUUUGGAAGCCCGCGCUCUCUGCGCAGAUGUCACUAGUCUCCUCUCUGGGUCCUGCAUCGAGCCUGAGGAUAACUUUGGCAUCACAAAUUGCACCCUCAGCCUUCCUGGAAAUCAGACAUAG